AUGGGAAAGAAGAAAUCUGAUGAAAGUGCAGCUGGCACAAAGGCUAAGCAGAGUGGUAAGGAGAAGCUCUCCGUGUCUGCAAUGCUUGCUAGCAUGGAUGCCAAACCCGAAAAGCCUAAGAAAGGACCAAGUGCUUCUAAUAAACCAAAGCCUAAAGCUGCCCCGAAAGUCGCGUCUUACAUAGAUGGAAUUGACCUUCCUUCCUCGGAUGAGGAUGAGGAUGUGUUGGACUCUGCGGAAGAGCAAAAUCAGAACGAGGCCCACAGACAGCCUACUCGGCAGACUAGAACUGAUGCGAAGCCUCUCGAAAUAAAUGUAAGCAACAAAGAGUUGAAGAAACGAGAAAAAAAGGAUGUGGUUGCUGAGUUGGCUGCUGAGUUGGCCAAGCAGGAGGCCCUCAGGGAUGAUCGUGAUGCAUUUACUGUAGUAAUUGGUAGUCGGGCUUCUGUGCUCGAUGGUGAAGAUGAUGCAGAUGCCAAUGUUAAAGAUAUAACUAUUGAUAACUUCUCUGUCUCCGCUCGUGGGAAGGAACUCUUGAAGAAUGCAUCAGUCAAGAUUUCACAUGGGAAGAGAUAUGGGCUUGUUGGGCCCAACGGUAAGGGUAAGUCUACUCUGUUAAAGCUUCUUGCUUGGAGGAAGAUACCUGUGCCUAAAAAUAUUGAUGUGCUUUUGGUCGAGCAAGAAGUUGUUGGCGAUGACCGGACGGCACUAGAAGCAGUUGUUUCAGCCAAUGAAGAACUCAUUAAGUUGCGGCAAGAAGUUGCGACCCUGCAGGAUGCAUCAAAUGUGUCAGGUGGUGAAGAAGAUGACAAUGAGGAUGAUGUGGGUGAGAAGCUCUCAGAACUGUAUGAGAAGUUGCAGCUUAUGGGUUCGGAUGCUGCUGAGGCUCAGGCUUCAAAGAUUCUUGCCGGCUUGGGUUUUACUAAAGACAUGCAGGGCCGGCCAACGCGGUCCUUCAGUGGAGGAUGGAGGAUGAGGAUUUCAUUGGCCAGAGCACUUUUUGUGCAGCCCACUCUGUUGCUUCUGGAUGAACCUACGAAUCAUCUUGACCUCAGGGCUGUUCUGUGGCUAGAAGAGUACUUGUGCAGGUGGAAGAAAACUCUCGUGGUCGUCUCCCAUGACCGGGAUUUUCUCAACACAGUUUGCAACGAAAUUAUCCAUCUUCAUGAUUUGAAACUUCACCUUUAUAGGGGAAAUUUCGAUGAGUUUGAGGUUGGGUACGAGCAGCGCCGGAAAGAGAUGAAUAAGAAGUUUGAGAUUUACGACAAGCAGGUAAAAGCUGCCAAGAGGUCUGGGAGUCGGGCUCAGCAAGAAAAGGUCAAGGACAGAGCCAAGUUCAAUGCUGCCAAGGAAGCCUCGAAGAAGAAGGGUAAAAGCAAGGUCGAUGAAGAUGAGCCCCUGCCAGAGGCCCCACAAAAAUGGCGGGAUUACACUGUGGAGUUCCAUUUCCCGGAGCCCACAGAGUUGACGCCGCCACUUCUGCAGCUGAUUGAAGUCAGCUUUAGUUACCCUAACAGAGAAGAUUUUAGGCUCUCAAAUGUGGAUGUGGGCAUUGAUAUGGGAACUCGUGUUGCGAUAGUUGGGCCCAACGGUGCUGGAAAAUCGACCUUACUCAACCUUCUUGCUGGAGAUUUAGAACCGACUGAGGGUGAGGUAAGAAGAAGUCAGAAGCUAAGGAUUGGUAGAUACUCGCAACAUUUUGUGGAUUUACUAACGAUGGACGAGACUCCAGUACAAUAUCUGCUUCGCCUGCAUCCAGACCAAGAAGGGCUCAGCAAGCAGGAGGCUGUUAGGGCAAAGCUUGGCAAGUUUGGCCUUCCGAGCCACAAUCACCUAACACCAAUUGCAAAGCUGUCUGGAGGACAGAAAUCACGGGUGGUUUUCACUUCCAUAUCCAUGUCCAAGCCACAUAUUCUGCUGUUAGACGAGCCGACCAAUCAUUUGGAUAUGCAGAGUAUUGAUGCCUUGGCAGAUGCACUUGAUGAGUUCACUGGAGGAGUUGUCUUGGUCAGUCAUGAUUCUAGGCUCAUAUCACGUGUCUGUGAAAAUGAAGAGAAGAGUGAGAUAUGGGUAGUGGAGAAUGGAACCGUUGAGGCCUUCCCUGGAUCAUUUGAAGAAUACAAGGAGGAGCUUGUCAAGGAAAUCAGAGCCGAGGUUGAUGAUUGA